UUAUUAUGAUAAAAUAAAUUUUGACAUGGUCCCUGUAUGCACAGGUUUGCGGGAGUUAUCGCUCUUUGCGCAAUCCCAUGCGCAAUUUUUGCAGUUAAGUUUUGGCGCCAUAUAUAUGCAAGCUGUUCGGCGAGCAGCUCUUUUUUCUCUCCAUGCAGGAGGGUCACCCAUACGAUCUUCGUUCCAGAGACCGGGCGGUUCUUGACUUUAUAAGAUCGUGUGACGACUCGUCAGACGAAAUGAGCGACAGCCAUGCAGAAUUAGAGGCCUCCGGCGGCUUGGCAACAACGGUAUCAGCAGAGGAAGUUCGGGCCACCACGCCGCGGAUACAUGCAGUCCCAAGAGCCCCAAAUAUAUCUAGUGAAAUACUCGUUUUAGAGAAGGAGCUCCAGACCUUAGAACUACAUAAACGUAAGAUGCAACUUCUUCAGAAUAUUGAUGCUUGCAAACAGACUAUAGCGGCAAUGCAAGAGAAAGACAGCCCUGGCCAAAGCCCAAGUACAACUCGCGCACCUAAGAAUCAUGCGACUGCUUCUGGAGUUGAGCCUACACCGAAUGUACAACCCCUGCAAGGUGGAUUCACUGUUCAGUCCCUACAAGACCAAGCAUCUGCUUUGAAAAGAAAGGCAUGGGCUAACUCAACAAAUUCCACUUAUCGCACUCAUAUGAAGACUUACCUGGAUUUUUGUGACCAUAUCAGUGUGCCCCCACUACCAGCAACUUCAAAAACAUUACAGUUAUAUGCGACUUACUUGGCCAAAGUGAAGUGUUUCAAAUUUUGUUCAAUUCAGCAAUACUUGAAUAUUAUACCACACAUGCACAAACUUUGUGAUCUAUCAGACCCUAUUCCAGAGGAUUACCAGUUGAAAUAUUUGCUCAUGGGUAUUAAGCGAGAAUUGGGUACCGCCCAAUUUCCUGUCGAUUCGAUAACACCAUCACAUCUUCUCCGGAUGAGAUCUUUCCUUGACUUUUCAUCAGUUGAAGACUCAGGCUUUUGGUGUGCUUGUUUAAUAGCCUUUUAUGGUCUGCUUCGUCCAGGCACCAUUGCAAUUACAGGACCUUUUGAGGCAUCAAAACAUGUCAGAAGAGUUGAUUUGAUGCCCUGUUCAUGGGGCUACCUACUUUGCUUACGACAUACAAAGACAAUUCAGUUUCGAGAAAGAGAGCUUAAUGUUAUCCUUCCUCAAGUUACUGGGGAAAUGUGUCCGGCAUCAGCCCUGCAGGCUUACCUUCAUCUUACAAGAGGAGCAGAUCUUUUUGGGCCUCUUCUUCUCUCAGGAAAAGGUUCCGUUUUUACCUACAGCAUUUUCCGCCAAAAGCUUCAUUCCAUACUUGUACAAGCAGGAAUUGAUGACAGUAACAUCAAGGGUCAUUCUUUUCGACGUGGUGGAGCCACCUGGUUAAUUCGGAUUGGUGUGCCGGUGGAUCAGAUCAAAGCGAUUGGAUACUGGUCGAGUGAUGCAGUGCUAAGAUACAUUGACCCUCACUUUUCAAAUUUACUAGAUACCAUGGUCCUCUUUGGUAAAUCACUUCCCAAUGCUAAAUAGACUAGUCUUUUUGUUACUUAUAACCUUCCAAUUCAAGAUAUGUUACAAAUCCGUUUUCUUAUCUUCCCCACAAAUUUUGGGAUUGGGGGUUUUUGUAACUAUUAUUUUUCUCAUAUUCUUUAAUCAUGUUUUACGUGUAUAUGCGUUUGAUGUAUUUUUUGUCAAUAAAUUUCACGCCACUUUGAUUACUUGUUCGAUUGGUAACAGGACUUGAGUCAAAGUGGUUUUUAUUAUGAUAAAAUAAAUUUUGACAUGGUCCCUGUAUGCACAGGUUUGCGGGAGUUAUCGCUCUUUGCGCAAUCCCAUGCGCAAUUUUUGCAGUUAAGUUUUGGCGCCAUAUAUAUGCAAGCUGUUCGGCGAGCAGCUCUUUUUUCUCCCACCCACCCAACCCAUUUUUGCUUCCAUUUAAAGUAGCAUUACUUUGUGGCUGCACUGCCUUUUUGUAUGUUUGGUAAUUUUUGUAAUGUGUGUAUGGGGUUUUUGUAACUAUUAUUUUUCUCAUAUUCUUUAAUCAUGUUUUACGUGUAUAUGCGUUUGAUGUAUUUUUUGUCAAUAAAUUUCACGCCACUUUGA